GCCAAUAUAUAGGAGGCUGUCCCAGUUCCUGGCUGACUGUUCCCAGGAAGCCCUUUGCAGAGACUUGCUACGCCGGUCAGAGCCAAGGAUCGUCGCCUUCAGCAUGCAGACUCAGCUUUCUGCCCUCUCGGCCUUCGCCCUGCUCUGCCUGCUGAGGGUCCAGGCGGAGAUGCCCGUGCAGGGUGACUUCCAGCAAGAGCAGUUCACAGGGACGUGGUACAGCAUUGGCCUGGCCUCCAACUCCCGGUGGUUCAAAGAGAAGAAGCUGGUGAUCAAGAUGUGCACCACGGUCGUCACGCCCACCGGAGAUGGAAACUUGGACGUCACCUCCACCUAUCCUAAGCUUGACCAGUGUGAGACCAAAAGAAGCCUUUUCCUCCGGACAGAUGAGCCCGGCCGCUUCACCUACACCAACCCGUGGUCGGGAAGCGUCCAUGACAUCAGGGUGCUGGAGACCAACUACAAUGAGUACGCGCUUCUUGGGGACACGAUAACCAAGGGGGCUGAGACGUUCACCAUGGUCACCCUGUAUGGGAGGACCAAGGUGUUGCGCUCGGAGCUGCUGGAGAAGUUCACCCAGGUGGCCUUGGGGGAGGACCUUGGCCAGGAGGACAUCCUCAUCCUGCCCCGGACUGAUCUGUGCAUGGCAGAAAUGGUGUAGCAACCAGCCUCACUUCUGGCCUCCGCCUCAGAGGGAGAAGGAUGAAGGCCUGUUCCUGACCUGCAACGCUGGAAUUCUCUGUGGGACCUCCUUUCCCCCUCUGCCCUGCACCCCUCCUGCCUCUCGCCUGGAAUAACAGCCCCUCUCCUUGCCUGAAAAUAACCCUAGCGAUAAUAAAAGAAAAUGCAACACA